UCAACUUCAGUGUUUGUCACCAAGAUAUGAAGUAUCAACUCAUUCCCUUUUCGGAUCUCGUCAUUAAACAUCUGCGAACCUACACGAAUGUCAAUCACAGCUGUCCUUAUAUGCUCAGACGGAAGAGCAUGUUUCCGUGUCCAUCAACUGCCUUAACAUGGUAGCUGAACGCUGGGAACCUGGAUCACUGCUUGAAUCCGUAAGCCUUACCACCAUGGGACAGUUUGUGGUCUGCUGCAGCGGCUUCUUUCCACGAGGCGGUGAGUUCGUCAUCAACAAGUGGACACGUCUCUACUCCGUGUGCUGCGCCAGCUUGGCUGUGCUCGGUCUCUGUGAUUGUCUCUAUGCUAUUGGGUUGAACGAUGAACUGCGCUCACGAGUGCUGCAACUUGAUAAACUCGUGUUGAGCAUCAUGGGCAUGGAGCUGGUCAUCUCCUCGCUGGUGUUUAUACUCACAGUGCUGUCGCUGCAGCUGGGCGCAAGACAACAUCUCGGUAUCUACGAGCGACUGGCGGAGAUUGACAGGCGGCUGAUGCGCGACUUUGGCGCCAAUCUCAACUAUCGCAAGUUGUCGCGCAAAAACAUCAUUGUACUCUCCGUUGUAGGUGUGCUGUAUGUCAGUGCUGUCAAUACAGCAUUGGCACGCGGUGCUGCAGGACAUCAGUUGGAAGUGGUGGUGCCCGCUGCUUUGUGCUAUAUUCUGAUCACCAGUGGACCGCAUCUCACGGGCUAUGUGCACAUGUCCCUCACCGAGCUGCUGAGCAUACGCUUUCGCCUGCUGCAGCAGAUCCUCCAACCGCAGUUUCUUUAUAAGCGCUUUGGCAAAGGUCCUCUAGUCGAGCGGCGUCUGCGAUCGCUGGUGGACAUCGUCAAGGAGCUGCACUAUAUCAUACUGCAGAUCAAUGAGGUCUACAAUGUGAGCUUGUGGUCUGCCAUGGCUCAUGACUUUACUUUGAGUACCAGUGAGCUGUAUAUCAUCUUUGCCCGCUCCGACAACAGCAGCAAUGAUGCCGGCGGUGUGAGCUUGAUGCUGUUGGGUUUUCUCUGCGUCUGCAUGCUGGUGCCCUUCUACAAAAUGCUCAUCGCUCCUGUUUACUGCAGUCGAAGUGUGGACGAGGGACGUCGUUGUCUGCGUCUACUCGAGCAGCUGGACGAUUGGUUUCCACACAGUACGCCAGCCAAGCAGGUCGUAGAAGCGAUGAUGCGUUGGCGUUGGCAGUUUAAGGUGGAAUUCACCAGCGGUACAAGCAUCACACUCAAUAAAACUGUCAUUACGCUGUUCGCUUCGAUUGUGUGCAACUAUUUGCUGGUGCUCAUACAGUUUGCAAUGACCCAGAAGCUGGGCGAACAGGUGGAGCAGCAGAAAGUCGCGCUGCAGGAAUGGAUAGGCAUCUAA